AUGCAAUUCUUCUCCACCCUGGUUCUCGCUUCCACCGUCUCAGCAGUCACAGCUACUGCCUUGACCACCGGACAACGCCUUUCCAUGAGCGCAAUCGAAGGAGUCUUCCCCCGUCAAGUCACACUCUGCAAGCCCGUCCCCGCACCAGCAACCUGCGAGAAGUCCUGCGGCGUAGGAAACAUCCAAUGCAUCAGGUUCCCCACCUGCUAUAACCCCAGCGCAGGAGAGUCUUGCUGCUCAAACGGAAGUAUGUGCCAUAUCCAUAUCCAUCUCCCAAAUCAACAAGCCCCCGAGAACUAACACUUCUUGCAGAAUACUGCCCGAAGAACUAUUACUGCACCGAUGGGGGAUGCUGUCCCGUUGGUAAAACUCUUGCGCAGUGUGGUGCUACUACUACUUUGAGCGUUAUCCCUCCGCCUGCGCCUGAUGCCACGUCGGCUAGUAGCUCUCAACCUACUACUUCUGUCCCUACUACGAGCCCUGCUACUUCAAAGUCUACAAGCGCUUCUACAUAUUCCUCCACCUCAUCAAAAUCAUCGAGCUCGGCUGCUACGAAGCCUCUCAGUACCCACUCCACUACACCUUCCGCUGUCGUUCCACCUGAUAUAACGACGACGAUCAUUCCCAUCCAAAUUACUGGUGCCGCACAAAAGAUGGGAUCGGAGUUGGGACUUGUGGUUCUGGGUGGUAUUGGAAUGCUUGUUUUU